AAUAUAUGCGUCCAGCGUUAACUCAAAUUCUUCAGCCACAAUCUGAAAGCGAUGAUUCCAUGAACGAUUCUGAUAUUACACGCAGAAAUUUGAUCAACACUAUUCAGACAGAGGCACAAGUUCAUAACCCUCGGUCCGUUUUACACCGUGGUAAUCCAACUACUUUGGAAAAGCAAGUUUCUCGCACAGAAGAAGAAAUGGAUGGUUUGAUGAAAGACGACGACAAUGAAUUUGAAAAUACUUCAAGCAAUGCUCCUUCACCAUUGCUGAGGAGGCAUCCUUCUAAAUUUGUUAAACUUUCCAAGGCAACUUCUGUUAAUACAGAAGAAAUUGAAGUUCUUCAAGAUAGCGAUGAUUCGACGAAGGGCGAUGAGUCAAUGAACGAAGGCGCCAAAUUACAAGGAAAUAAUGUCUCUCCAUCUUCCCAAAAAAAUAAUAAUGAUAAUUCUAAUUCAGCUUCAGAAAUUCAGAAGUCAUCUCAUAAAAAAAAUAAGAAACAAGUAAUUGUUAAUUUAGAGAGCGAUGAUUCAUCUGACGAUUGCACUAUCCCAGUUAAAAAGCAGAAAGUAAGAAAAGCUGAGUCAAAGGAGAAAUCAGUAAAGCACAAAAUUACAAAACGGGAUCGUAAAUUCAUGAAAGAUUCUGACUCUGAAGAGAGUGAAAGUGAAAAAGAAACUAUUAAAAAGUAUUCAAUAGUUACUGAGACUAAAAAAAGUGGAAGAAAGGUUGAGAAAGUUUAUUUAGGAAAAGAAGAAUAUAUAAAAAAAGACACAUGGGAUGCAAUUAACACUCUAGAUGAUUCAAAGUUCGUAAAAUACUUAGCAGCGGCUAUUUGGACCCGUUCUGUACUUGUAAAUCGUUGCAUUAAAAAUACGGGAAGGUUAAUUCCAUUGCCGGAUAGGUCGCCUAGAAAACUUCUUACUCCUAAAAAGAAAAGUGUUGUAGAAGCCUGUUUUAAUGACUACCUUGAUGAAAGGAAGGUUCACGGAGUGGAAAAAGGAACUCGACUGAAAAAAUGUGGAUACUACAUUAGCCAACAUAUUGGCAGUUUGAGAAGUCAAUUGUACCCUGAAAUGUCUCAAAACAAUAAGAAGCAUACUCAAGAGCCAGAUUCAGAAGAGGAAGAUUAAAUUCCGAGUUGAAAGUUUUAUAGUUUAGUCCGUUCAAUUUCAUUUUAUUAAGUUAUUUAGAGUAAUUAAUUUUCAUAAAUUCAUUUCAAUUUCUUUUUUCUUCAUCUAUUUUUUUCUAUUAUUACUAUUAAAGUUCAGUUCAAUUUACUGUUUUAUAUAUAAAACAAAAACUAUUUAAUUAAAUAAAGCAAUACAAAUUGUUAUGCGUUUUUACACAAUUUUUAUCUAAUAGAUAUUAAAAUGAUUGUAAUUAAUACACCUGAGUAGCACAACAUUUGAGCUCAAUAUUGUACCAAUAUUACCUGGCAAUGUUAAAUGUACCUAUAUAUAUAUAUUUAACAUUAUGCUACUGCCUACCAAGUUACAAAAAAUAUAGUAAUGCUACCCCAUACUAUCAAGAUGUUACUCCGCAUGAUAUUGAUAGUAACGGUUACUAUCUAGAUAGCUGUCCGUAUUUGUAGCAUUAAAGAUGGUCACCCUAACCACAAUUAUGUUACCCACUACUAUAAAUUUCACUCCGUGAUAUCUUAGACAAUUAAUUCAUAGUCAGUUUCUUAAAAUUAUCACUUACCUAAAAAAAAUUUCAGAUUUACCUAAAAAUGCAUUUUUAUUAUUUUUAAGAAUGUUGGGGAAUUGUGGACCAUUGCCUGAAUUGAGUU